UUGGUGGAAAUGGCGGAGAGCAGAGACCAAAGCGAUAACUUGGGUUUGCAUUUGCGAGUGCGCCGUCAUUGAAACACUGAAACCACCCACAAGUGAUUAUUGGAGUUACUUACGGUUUGCAACUGCCGAUGGGAUACAAGUCAGACUCGGCGAGAGGAGAUUUUCGAAACAAGGUUUGGAUUUUAGCAAGCUGGUUAGCUGGCUAAGCUAACCGUGCUGGCAGCCUGGCGUUAGCUAGCUUCAAGUCGUGUGUGAUUCUAACUACGCAGGCUUGUUUGUCAACAUAAGCUGACGUUAAAUUGCUAGCAAGCCAGCUAGCACACAACUUUUACCCGCUUCCCAAGCUAACUUACUUGGGUUUAAAGCAUGUUCGUGUUAUCUGACUGCAAAAUUAUCUCUCAAAGUAAGAGUGGAUAAAAAGUCAGACAUCUGACUGCUCUUGUCGCGAGUAAGUUAAGCUGGUUAGCUAAGUUAGCUAACUGGCUUGUUUUACGCGCUGUCCAAGCUGCCGUUUGCAUGGGAAUUAAUCAUCCAGCGUGACAUCUCACAGCAAGACGACGUUGGCUGGAGCUUUAUUUACAAGUUAAACGGAGGACAAACAGAGUCAGAGGCCAGUAGGCUUCUCCCUGCACCUGGGAUGGUGCCAUGUGACAGAACGGCCGUGGAGCCAUAACCCCACCACCACCGCUCCGUCAUCUCGACUCCAAGCUGCCCACCCACCUCUGACCUUCUCCCCAGUCCUCCUCCUUUUUCCUCCUCCCUUUAUCUUCACUCUGAGCCCUGGACGAGGCCACCACAGCCACCACAUGACUCACCCACUGGAGCCCUAGAUCAAGUCAGUUGAAGCUGAAAAUGAGUGCAGUAGGGGAAAACCCUCUGGACCCUGCGACGCCAGAGUCACGCAAGAGGAAGGGUUCGCCAUGCGACACAUCGGGGCAGAGUCUGGAGAAGCGGAGACGGGAGCUGGAGUGCCGCUACAUCGAGGAGCUGGCCGAGCUGCUGUCAUCCAACAUGGGCGACAUUGCCAGCCUCAGUGUCAAACCUGACAAGUGCCACAUCCUCAAGAGCACCGUGGACCAAAUCCAGCAGAUGAAACGGCGUGAGCAGGAGAAAGCAGCCCUUCUGUCUCCGGAUGAUGAGGUGCAGAAGAGCGACAUCUCCUCCAGCAGCCAGGGGCUGGUGGAGAAAGAGGCACUAGGGCCGAUGCUGCUAGAGGCCCUCGAUGGGUUUUUCUUCGUCGUGAAUCGGGAGGGCCGCAUUGUCUUUGUUUCUGAGAACGUGACGAGUUACCUUGGAUACGCCCAGGAGGAGCUGAUGACUUCAAGCGUGUACAGCAUCCUCCAUGUGGGAGACCACAAUGAAUUUGUUCGAAAUCUGCUGCCUAAAAGCCUGGUAAACGGUGGGCCGUGGCCUCAGGAACCUGGUCGAAGGAACAGCCACACGUUUAACUGUCGCAUGCUGAAGAGGCCACCAGACGAGGUAGAUUCAGAAAAUCCAGAGGCUCGGCAGCAGUACGAGAUUAUGCAGUGUUUCACCGUGUCCCAGCCACGGACCGUGCAGGAAGAGGGAGAUGACUUGCAGAGCUGCCUGAUCUGUAUCGCCUGUCGGAUGCCUCGCACACAGCCUUUCAGCACUGAGUCUUUCAUCACCAAGCAGGAUCCCACAGGGAAGAUCAUCUCCAUAGAAACAAGUGCUUUGCGAGCGACAGGCCGGCCUGGCUGGGAGGACCUGGUCAGGAAGUGCAUCUACGCUUUCUUUCAGCCGCAGGGCAAAGAGCCCUCCCACGCCAAGAAGCUGCUGCAUGAGGUGAUGACCCACGGCACGGCCAUCAGCCCGCUGUACCAUUUCACGUUAAGUGAUGGCACCCCGCUCAGCGCUCAGACCCGCUGCAAAUUCUGCUGCCCCCCCAACCCUGACGUUCAGCCCUUCAUUAUGGGCAUCCACACUAUUGACAGGGAACACAACACUGCUAGCUCUCAGGAAAACACUAACCCCAGCCUUCCACCCAACCUCGGCAGCCUUGCCCAGACUCCCUCCCGCUCUCCUUCCCUUACUCCCGGCAGCAACUGGACUCAAGGCUCAGGCGUCACUGCCACCAACAACAGCAACGCCUCCUCUCACGGACACAACCCAACCACACCCACAGGCUACCUGACGCCCAACCGGACCUGUUCCCAGCAGGUAAACAGCCCCUCUCCUCUGAGCAGCCCACUCACAGCCACCCCUACCUCUUUUAUGUCACCCAGGAUGCCACGGGCCAGUCCUGGGUCGGGAGGGAGUCCUCGGAUAUCGGGGAACCCCUUCUCUCCUUCCACACCAAGCCUCCACUCCCCAACUGGGGCACUAAGCGGAGGCAGCCUGAACAGGCAGCAGUCUGGUGGUGAUAGUAGUAGUAGUGGCGCCAAUGGUGGGUCAGCGGGGUCCUUCUCCUUGUCCUCUCCGGCCCCUCAGAGACAAGCCAGUACCCCCACCGGCACCCCUACUCAGCCACCGUCUGCAAAACCCCUAGAGGACGGAGAAGGAGGGGGAGAGGACUCUGUUAAAGCCCCCCUUCCCUCUGCUUCACCGCUGGGAAACCCCAGACCGAAUCCACUCCUGGAAAGCAAUGGGACAGGAGCAGAAUCAAACAACAACAGCACCCAUUGCACCUCAUCACCUCAUCCUCCAAACCCUCGUCCUGUUCCUCAGUGCCCUGCCUCACACAGCACUCUGACAGAGCGACAUAAGAUCCUGCACCGGCUGCUUCAGGACAGCAGCCCCAACGACACGACCACCGCCACCUCAGAGGAAGGAACCAACAAGAACCAAGUGGAGAUCAAGAAGGAGCCGCCUGCCAGUCCGUCGCUGGCCACAGCAGGUCCGAAAUCCAACUCUAGAGAGCCUCAGGACCAUCAGCUGCUCCGCUUUCUUCUAGAUACAGACGAAAAGGAUUUGGGAGACCUGCCACCUCCAUCAGCUCUCAGCCUGCAGACGGUUAGAGUCAAAGUAGAGAAGAGAUCCAGUGGAGAGGGGCCAGCAUGUACGGGGUCUGCUGUUCCAUCAGUGGGUGCAUCAAAACCUGCAGGAGUCUCCAGCAGCCCAUCCUGCAUGAGCCCCAAAUCAAGCCCUGUAGGAGAGAACCGUAGAGACAGCCGCAGAGACAGCAGGGAUUCCUCGAUGUCGGGUGGCCCUGUUGACAUGGACCCUCUCACCCAGCUGCUGCCUGGCCUGAGAGGCCCGAGUGGGGCCAAGCAGGGCAGCGAGGAUUCAACAACCCCUGGAGGAGGCCCCCAGCUACACUCUCCGGCCCCCCAGCCCCCAGCUCAGCUCCAGUCCCCCGUGCCUCAGCUCCAGUCCCCCUUGUCCCAGCCUCAGUCCCUUCCUCAGUUGCAUUCGCCGUCACCGCAGCUCCACUCCCCCUCCCCCCAGCUCAAACUGCAAUCGCCCACACAGCUCCAGUCCGGUGAGGCCAGCGCUCCCCGCAACGUCAAUGUGAAGAGAGAGCCUCCAGGCACUCCUAACCGAGGGCUCAGUGAUGGCGGCCCUCCCUCCGGCUGCAGCCUCCAGAGUCAGUCAUCUUUUGACUUUUGCAGCCCCCCCACUCCAGGCCAGACACAGGCCCAAGGACAGGGAGACCCCUUCCAGACACCAAAAGACAGCAGCCCCUUUACAGAGGCAGAAGUUAUCAACCCCUUCAGUUCAAGCACUGGCCUAUCCAAGAUGGACGUGGGAGACUCUCAAUUCCAGCCUCUGGCCCUCUCUGACACCUUGACCUUUGACAGUCUGGGAACACCUUUACAGGCUCCUUUGGCAUCACCUCAAGAACAGUGUGUUCCCUGCACGCUGGAUGAAGUCCUCGGCCCUCCGACCACACCUGAAGGACGAAACGAUGAGAAAGCGCUGCUGGAGCAGCUCGUCUCCUUCCUCAGUGGGACUGAUGAGAGUGAACUGGCUGAGCUGGAUAAAGCUCUGGGGAUUGACAAACUGGUACAGGGCGGCUGCUUUGAUCCUCUGACCCAGAACUUUCCAGCCCAGCAGACCACUGCCUCCCCAGUUCCAAUGGACCCUAAACUCCCCACCUACCCUGCCCAGUUCACACCAGCUUCUCAAACUCAGUUUCCUCCAGAGCUGGCCACCGUGGGGCCACAGGGUCUGGGGUUUGGAGCUCCUCGGGGGGCUUUUCCUGGUGGGACAGCGAACAUAGGGCUGAGGCCGGGCAUGGCACGACCACAGGGGGUGAACACCCAGCUCAGGCUGCCACCCAACCAGCUCCGCCUGCAGCUGCAGCAGAGACUGCAGGGCCCGCAGCAGCUCCAGAACAGGAUGGCAGGCAUGAAUCAGUUUCCAGCAGGAGCUCAACAUGUAAACAUUGGGAUUCGCCAGGGGGUCCAACAGCCUCAAAUGCCCUCACAACAGCCUCCGCUGAAUGCCCAGAUGUUGGCACAGCGUCAGCGGGAACUCUACAGCAUCCAACACCGCCAGCGCCAGCUUUUCCAGCAGAAAGUCAUGCUGAUGAGACAGAACAUGGCAGGGGCUCCAACAGGAGCCGUCGGGACCAUCGGAACCGCCAGAGUCCCAAAAGGUCCCCCAGCAACGCCUCAACCGCAGCAGCAACAACAGCAGCAGCAGUUCAACUUCCCAGCAGGGUACAACCCAAUGACGGGAAAAUCCCCUACCUCACCGAGUCACUUCAGCCCUCUGGACAACAAACUGACCGCUAGAGUUCCUCUGAAUGACCAGACGCUGAUGGGCGGCGUGCAGGGUCAGUUCAACAGUAACGUGAACUCCUCGCUGCAGCAGGGCCUCUUUCAGCAGUUUGGAGGGUCUGCUUUGGUCCAGCAAGACCCACCUUUCCCUCCCGAGAUGAGCCCGACCAGCCCAUUAUUGUCACCUCAGAACUCCACCUCCCAGAGUCCUCUGCUCCAGCAAGCCCCGCCUCCUGGCUACCAGUCACCAGACAUGAAGAGCUGGCAACAGACAAGCAUGGCGAGCAACAGCCUGUUCAGUCAGUCAGGACAGAGCGCAGGGCAGGCCUUUGGCCAGCAGGGGGUGUACAACAAUAUGAGCAUCACCGUCUCCAUGGCCGGAAGCUCGGGUGGUGUCGCGUCGUUACCUCCAAUGGGGCAAACAGUUGGCAUGAGCAACAGUAACCUCAGCAACGUUGGUUCAGUUUGCAGCGACCAGCAGGUGCAGCAGGUUCAGGUGUUCGCGGACGUCCAGUGCACCGUGAACCUUGUGGGUAGUGACUCCUACCUGAACCAGGGCUCCAUCGGCACCACGGCCACCCAGAAGGGCCCCGGCACGCAGGGCUCCCAGAACAACCAGGCCCAGCAGAAGAGCCUCCUCCAGCAGCUGCUCACCGAGUGACGACCCCACCCACCUCCAGCUCUCCUGCUCUACCCUCUACUUCUCACUUCUACGCCUCCUCCUCAGAGGUCGGUGCACCAGACCCAUUGCUGUCUCUGUCUCACCUUUUCGGAUGGAUGGAUGGAAGGAUGGAUGUUUGGAUGACGUCGGCUCAGUGAGGUUGUUGGCCGGCGUCGGCGGCUUUGCCACUUGUAUGCGGCGUUGGUGGAAUCGGGGCUGGUUUGUUUCACCGCCCAGAACUUAAAGAAAAAGACUGAAGUCAGAAGGAGCAGCAGUGUAUUUAAACCUGCCUGUCUAAUCUGUCUGACAACCUGUCUGUCUGCCUCAGCCUAUUUAAGGCAGUGUUGUCUUGCUGCUCAUUCCUCGGUGACCUACUUCCUGCUUCCUGACCCAAGAAAACAACUGCGACAUCAUUUGUAGAUUUGCCAAGUUGUCGUCACUGUCAAAUCAGGGCCGGCCUCCUCUUUUUUUUGUUGUUGUUUGUUUUUUCUCUGCUGGACCAUCGCGGCAGAAGCAGCAGCAGCAGCAGCAGCAGCAGCAGCAGCAGUGCAUCUUGGGAGCAUGAGUUCCAGCGUACAGCUGAGCUCUUUUAAAGUGUGGGAUUAUCCCUCACAUCAGCAGCACCUCUGGCUUUUUUAAUUUUGUUUUCCUCUACCUGUCUCUCAGCGAUGUGGGAAUGUUUAAGGUUUCAGACCUCUGUGGCAUUGUGGGAUAGAAGCUCAGUAUCAGCUGGUUCUGUGACUGUCUCUCUCUAUCAGCUACAGUGCCUGGUGGAAGUUUGAGUUUUCCCGAGCUCUGCUUCUUCUUCUUCUACAUAUUAUUCUAUCUCCUCUUUUUUGGUGGAAUUGUUUAUGUUUUGUUUAAAAAUCUUCUGCUCUCACCGUCAUCAUCAUCAUCUUCAUGAUCAUCAGAACAAGCUUUGACAACAGCCAGAACGGAUGGAUAAACGGACGGAUAAAUGGAUGGAUGGAUGCAUGGGAGACAGACGGGAUGCUGCUCAGUUUGGAACUUGCGUGUCUUUCUCCCCGACAGGAGGAAGUUUUAUUUUUAUUUUUCAAAGUAUAAGAAAUGAGACUGUUAUGAUUAUUUAACUGUCUGUCCGUCACAUUUUACCCCUCACCUCAGCAGCUGUGAAUACAGAGCCUUAUGGGCUCUCUUUUCUCUCUCUCUCUCUCUUUCUCUGUAUCUUUCAUGCUAUCUCUCUCGGCCUAUCAGUGUUGUUUGCCAUGUGCACCAUGCAGGCGGGUAGUAUUGUACAGUACAGAAGGACAAAGACUUGGGGAUGAGCUCACUCUUCUCUUCUAACUGCUUUCCUUUAAGAAAAAAGAAAAGUGUAAUUAAUUGAUGACUCAGAACAGCAAAACGAUGUAUAAUGUGAUCUGGUCAGGUUUCUUUUCCUUUAUUUUUUAAAAUUCUAGUAAGUCACCUCAUGUUUUUUGGGAUUAUUUUGAAUUAUUGCGUUGAUAUUGUAACGCCGCUAUAUAUUGCAGUGGAGGAGGAAGUUUUUAAACUUCUGAAAUGUGAAAUUUGAAGCAAUUUGAAUUUUUUUGGCUAAGUUUUGCUCCCGUUCAGCACGAAAAGGCGCUUUCUAUAAGAGAGAAAAAAUGUUAGGUGACUAGGGAGCUGUCUUUUCUUGCGUUCUCCUCUUUUUUUUAUUCUUAUGUAUGUACAAUACUUUCAAGAGAACUUCUCAGACAGUACAUGUGUUUGUAACCAUUGUAUUAAAAGAAAAAGCUAAAUAAUACCUCAAAAACAGGACUUUGCUGCCAUUAUGAGGCCCUACCGGUACUAAACCGCAUCAAUGCUGGGCUUCUGGUUGCAUUUAAAGUCCUGUUUUUGGGUAUUGUUCCUAUAUAAUGACAUUUAAGUAGAGGCUUUAGUCAUAGAAGUUCCUAACAAAGAUGUGAUGGAUAAUAAUUUAAAGCUGUCAUCAAAUUGAAUCCAAACAGGGCGGGUUGAGUCGCAAAAAAUCCUUUUUUUGUUUAUUUCUCUGCAUACCUGUAUUUAUCAGUGUUGCUCCCUUUGUGGGUUUUUCUUUUUUUUUUUUUUUUUUGGGAUUCAACCCUCUCCUCCCUCCAUCUCUGGUUCCAUGAUAAAGACUUCACUCCUCUGGUGACACAAACAAACAUACACAAACGUACAGUUUUCUGUUGACUACUGUUGCUCAGUCAGACACUGUGUCUCUCAGCGAUAACACACCUCUGUUAACAGACGAAAUGAGCUUCUUGUCGUACACCAGGAAGUAAGAAACCCCUGCCAUGAUGCUGCCUCUAAAUAUUCUCUUUAAGUUCAUGUAAAGAUGAAUAAUAUCAGGGAUUUGGGCCAUUAAAACACGUUUGAUGUCAUGACUGUAUUAGUAUUUCUUAGUUUCAAUGCAGGGCUGUGCUACCGUGCUAAUUCUGUAAACAAACAUUUUGGAAAGGAGAAUUUAUUGAUGAUUUUUUUUUUUUGUGACUAAACUAAGACAGUACUGUAAAUGGGAAACAUAUUGGCAACCAGAGAAAUAAUGUUAUCUUGAUUUAUAAUGCUCUAUUUAAUUUCUGCAGCAAAUCGCAGCACCAGUGGUAGCCAGGGCCAACCAGGGCUCCCUGAAAUCUUACUGGCCUCCCCAAAAUCUUCAAAUUAAUUGACAAUUUGCCUUUUCAACCACUAACUAGCACACUCAAUCACUAGGAAUAUCUUAAUCUACAUUAGAUUGGUUUCUAAUUUAACAUCCUCAAGGUGAGGUAUAUGAAAGUGGUCCCACCAUUCUUAUAAAUGUCUAUAUGUGGCCCUCAAAUGAAAAGGUUUGGACACCCCUCUUCUAGUACAACAUUAGUGAUUGUUGGUAUAAGAAAUUACCAAAAAGUCGGCUGAAACUUCACAGAAACGGUAUUGUUUGCUAUUCUGCAGCAAAGUAAGGAGUAGUAAUCUUAGCCUGUUUGGUCAAUCAAAGAUACUCAUCAAAAGUAUGAAAUAAUUCUAUGAAUUUACAACACACCAAACUCCUUUGGGUUUAAUAUGGAGGUAAAGAAAAUGUUCUCACAGAACAACUUUGUAAAAUGCUAGCUCAUCCAAAAUCUAACAAAACCUGCAAGGCCAAAAAAUGAGAUACCUUGUGCAUAAGGACUUCCACUUUAUCAAACAGGAAUCAUAUGAUCACGCAGUAUUUAAAUAUUUUCGGCAGACCACUGAAGUCCAUCUGCUUCCUGCUUAAAAUCCCUCAUACCCCUUACUUAAUUACAGUAAAACCACAAAUAUAAGCCUCCAUUUAUAUUUGUAAAACAGUGAUCAAAAGUCUCUGAAAUCCCCCGAGCACACAAAAUAAGAUUUUCAAAACUUAACAAAUAGUUUGAUUUUGCACUGACAAAGGGAAGGAGAGGCAUCUGAUUUAGAAUGUCUUUUGUUCACCAAAAUGAGCCGCAACAUCUGGACUAGUGCAAGGAACUAGGUUGUUAACUAGGAUUGGCUUUUAUGACAACUUUUAUGUUAAUCCUGUGUGAGUCCUGGUUGAUAUUUUGACUCUUUAAGGGGAAAUUAGAGGCAGCAUCCAUGGACAAGGUUUUAAAAUACAGCUUCACCUUUAAAUUCAGAUAUAAAUACUCACCGUUAGCCCCCCCUGUAAUGUCACACACCUACAACAGGUCAACAACACAACCCGUCUGAUGCUACUGCAGAGGGAUAGGGCUCUCCUGUGUACUGUUUUACACAGAUACUAUCUAAACAAACCAACCGUAUGCAACAGAUUCAGAGGGAUAGUAUGCAAGGUCAACAUUCCACCCACCGACUCCUCCAAUGUUGUCUGAUGUGAGAACCACUUUGUGCAUGGCUCGAGCGGCUCUGUGUGUGCAUUCAAAACAUGUUCAUGUGCACAGCGAUGUAUCCAAACAGAGGCCCAGGACAUGUCGACAUCUUCUCUCUUUCUUUUUUUAUUUAAAAUCUCUGCCUCCUGGACGCAAACGUCUGCCAAGACUUUCUGAGAUGGUUUUAUUUUUCUAUUUUUCUGUGUGUAUAUUUAUUAGAGAAGCAUGUGGAUAAAUCAUCAGCUUUUAUUACCUCAUUGUUGUUUAUCAGGCACGAGUUUUGUCUGGUAAUCUUUCCUUUUGACCGGGUUUUCACACUGUGACCUACUGCUUGAUUAGUCAACUUUGAGGGCUAAAACCAUCUGCUAUCGACAGUACUGUUGAGCAAAACUCAUGCAAAUUUUAUAGAUUUUUAACACUGCCACUGUAUUAUCUAUGGAAGCCUUAAAAGGACAUGCAUUCAACCAUUUAUUUUACUCGAUUUCCUCUGAUAACGAGUAAAUUUCACUUGUUCUCUGAGAUCAUAACAUAUUUAUUUUGUUUUCUCAGUAAGGCAGGGAACUCUGGAUGGGGAUUGAUGCAGGCCGCAGGUGUCUUUGAGCUAUCAUUCUCGCUCUGGUUUUUCCAUGAUAAAAGGUUGAUUUAAGUUGUUUCCUCAAGAUAUCACAGAGUUAACCUGUCAUUACAGGGAAUCCAGCAUGGUUAUCUUAAGGUAACAUCAUAAAUCAGUCAGAUCUCCAGAAAACAACCCAAAUUUUCUCAAUAUUAAGGAAAAAUAGAGUUAAAAUUUAAAAAAGAAUGGAUGCAUGUUGGCUUCGGGCUUCCACAUGAAGUCUAUCUCUGUUGUUUUUAAACUUGUUAAUGUGUUAUUUAGUCCUUAAAAAUGUUUAAAACAAUGUUUUCCAUUUUCUGCAUACUUUGUAUGCUGUACAAGCAUGCACCAAAAUAUUUGGACAUUGUGCAGGAGUUUCAUGGUAGUUUUUAUUGACUGAAAAAAAAGAACUCAUACAAUAUUGUUAGCUUUCGACUUGUUCCCCUGGGAUUAAAAUAGGUCUCAGUAUUACUAAAUUUUGACUAGUACUUUCUGUCCUUUCCAUAAGGCACUGGUAUCUUGGCUGUAUUCCCAGAAGUACAGCGUGGAAGUUGAAAAAUCCGGUAUUCUAGCAACGCUAGCUAAAAGUCAGCCUUAAUUUAGAUUGAUAAAUGACUGAAAACUGUUGACAGAUUACCAAAUCAUUUCUAGAUUUGGGAUUGAAAUGGUUCAUCCAGUCCAGUCUUAGUCUAAGACCUCACAACUUCAUGUGAAAUGUAACAGUGUCUCAGAUAAAAACUUCCCUCUACCUCCAGACUGAGACUUUCCAUAGCUACACAUGGGUUUGUGGAUAGACUAAUAAUGUUUUGUCUAAUAUCUGUUCAAUAUGUCUUUACCCCUGUUAUAAACUGCAUUCAUCUAAACGGUCCAAUUACAAUUGUAUUUUGAGAUAUUACACCAAAAACAUGAGGCCUGAAUUGCUUUUUGAGAAUAUGUAUCUGCCAUUGCAGUGAGCAAAAUUUGCUGAAGUUGCUUGAAAUGGGACAUCUUCACAGCUGUUUUUUCUUGUAAAAAUAUCUUUCUGGACUUGCCAGCCAAAAACAGCUGAGGCACCAGACGAUCUUCAAAUCUUAACUGAUUUGAGAAAGUGGGAGAUGAAGGCUCAGCUGACUAAUAAGAUUAAAAUCCUCUUAGAAGAAAGCAUUUCUCAGCGACAGUCCUAUUGUGGGGUCUUGCAUUAGACAUGAAUGUGUUGGCAUAUCACAAGCUGGUUUUCUUUUUCAAGGGGGAUCUGUCUGCAGACCGUACAUUUCUGGCAGCCACUCUCACAGACUGUCAUCUGAAACAUCAUAUUUCUCAGAAGGGAAGUGCCGUAAUAUGCUAGUACAAGAAAAAUGUCAUGAAUGAAACAGAAAAAGGUCAGAGGUCUAAUCAGAUUUUAUUAUGUAUAGACCUGUUUUAGAAGUCAUUAGAUGGUGGUUCGCUUUAGCCUCAUUAGCUCUAGCUAAGCUGAAAUAGCUAUGCUAACUACCUAAUCAGCGUUACUAUCUAAGCCAAUGUAGCUAAGUUAGCUUUAGCGAUGUGAGUUUUUGCAAACAUAGCUAAAGUAACUAAGUAGAUAAUGUGCCCAUGUAGAUUACAUAGCUACUUUGUGAGCUUAGCCAUAGCUGUGUUUCAGGAUUUGCAGGUCAGGUUUUUAACAUUAAUUGUUGGUACACUAACCCUUACUGUAACCUGUUAUUAAAAAAUAAGAUGUCGUAAUUUGACUUUUAAAGUUUGAGCGUGUAUUUCAGUUGUGAAAGAGAUGGCGUCUCAGAUGAACGGUCUGCGAGAGAGGCAGCCAGAGAUGUAGGGUCUGCAGCCAAACCCCUCUCUGUUUACAACAUGUUGACAAUUUACUCAUUUUGGAAGUUGACUUGUGGGCCACAUUAAUUUUAUUUGACAAAUUAAAAUCCACCUUUAAAGCUAUGAUGAAUCCAACUUAUCUGGUGUGAUAAAAUGAGAGUAUGAAUUUAUCCACCCUGAAAAAAACAUGAAGACAGACAAGUACAAGCUGCUCACUGCAGUUGCAGAUAUUUUUGCUUAUAACAACUUGAAAUCUCUACUUGUCAGUCCAAGUGACUUAUCUUGAGUUUGUUUUUUUGUUUUGUUUUUUUUAACCAGAAAUUGGAAAAAUACACCAUGUUAGAUAUAAGUUUUUGCAGUAAUAACUAGUUCAAGUUUUAAGUCCCUUAAAAGUCAAAGACUUUCUGGACAUAAUUGACCCAGAGCAGUGAAUAUUUUGGAAUUUAAAUGAAAAGAUUCUAACUCCUGAUGACUGGCACUUCAUUGGCUUUUCUCAACAGUACUGUCGAUUGUAAACAAGCUCCCAGAAAUGUAUUUUUGGGCAUCUUGAGCAUGUGUCAAAUGUCUUGUUCCUCACAGUGUGAAAGCAGCGGUCAGACCCUCCUGUGCCGCUGUUUGGUCAAUGUGUAAAAAUACUCCGAAGAGACAGAAGCUGCACAAAGUGGAAGAAUGUAUUUUAGUGGAAGGAUUCUGCCAGUUUCAGCCUCCUCUCGUUUUUCUCUCUCUGCUCUGAUUAUUUCACACGUACAGUAUUGAAACCCCUCCUACCUCCUCCUUCCUCCUCAUCAUCGUCGUCUCCUCUCACUCUUCUGCGUGGAAUAGGCAUUCCUAUGGAAAUGGUUCCUCUACAAACCCCUGUUAACUGCACCUCUCAGCUCAUCCUGUGUUUUUUUAACAAACCGACAUGCCAAAUACAACCAAUGCAUAUGUACUCUGUUUCUUUUAUUUUUUUAUGCAACAGCCAUUCAGAUGGAAACAACAGUCCCUCCUUCCUCACUACGAUUAACAGGUACAAGGCUAGGUUCUUUUGUAAGAUGUUAACAUAAUGUAUAUAACAGAGAAAUGUGAAUAUGUAUUUGUUCAGAAUCAACAAAAAAGUAGUGCUCCGAGUUUGUGGUUUAAAAAAGAAAAAAAAAACUACUCGCCUCCGUCAUGUUUUUAUUUUAUGUUUUUGAUUUUCUACUUUUUUAUUUUUCUGAUGAUGUAUGUAUGUAUAUGACUAUCAGUGAGUGCGAUUGUACGUGUGUAAGUGAUUAAUACUGUAUAUCUGGUGUUCUCUAAGAUGGAAAAGUCGAAGAUGUCCUGGUUUGAUUCUUCUCUUCUUUUUACUCUUUAGACCCUGCACAGUACCUGUGGGUGUUUCAGAUUAACUAUGCCAGAGAAUGGUUUUUUUAGCGACUGCUGAAUGUGAUUUUACUGAGAGAGAAGCAGUGUGGACUGGCUUUUUGUACGGGUUAAUUUAAAAAAAAAAGGCCAUAUUAUUUAAUUUUCUCUGUUGUCAAAAGUUUAAGCAAAUCUGGGAGAGUGGAGCCUUGGUUUUUUGGAGAAGCAUUGCCUGCUUGUUGUGUAUAUCAGUGGGCUUUUUAUUUCUUUGUUUUGUUACCUAACUGUCUGACUGAUGUAGCCUUUUUUGCAUUUGUCAAUAGUAAAUGACCAAAGCUUCAAGAUGUUUAACAGAAACCAUAUGCAAACCUCAUCACUGGACAAGACAUAAUGUAGCGGCCCCCUUUUUUUGGUUAUAAUUUGGAAUAUUCUCUCACACCGACUGUCCAAUUUGUCUUGCAUGUUUCUCCUCUUUUAUUUCCUUUUCCUGUCAGUCCAACGUCUCCGCUCGAGGUCUUUUUUGUGCCUGAAGUGCUGUCACUCGUUUACAGGAAGAACGAAAACAUUGCAACCGGAUAGCUAUGCACCUUACUGAUAGAAGCAUUUCCUCACUUGUAGAAUUAACACUGGAUUAAUUUUAUAGGUUCAAAAGCCCCUUCAGUGUAGUUCGAAGUGUCCCUCUCAGCGAUUUCACCGAUAUAUAUCUCUGAUGACCUUUCUCAGCUUCAUUCUUUAACUUUAUACCAAACUUGAGGUGCCUCGUGUAUAUACUUUCUGCAGUAAGGGUUGCUCCUUUGCUGUUUAACAAUAAUAACCUUGUUAACCAGGGUUUUUUUAAACCUUUUUUCACCUUUAUAGAAAAUAAAUUACUGUAUUUUAAAAUACUUUUUUACACACAUAGAAGAUAAAUCAAAUUAUGCCAGGAAUUUGCAAAUACAAUCUAAUUUUGCACUUUAUAUCGGUGAGUGAUAAGGCCAUUGGAAACUGUCUCAAUCAGAUCAGUAUUUGGAGUAGAUAAGCCCCCUGAAUGUAUGGAGAAAUGUUAGUGGUUUAAAUUGAAUCUAGCUCAGGUUCUUGAUGCAGAACUUGGCCGUAGUGAAAACCCCAUAUCCAAAAGACAACUAAAAAUUGUACCUGCUUUGUAAAGUAGUUCUCUCUUUGUCUUUUUCUGUCUUUUUCUCUCUACACCAACCGAUCCUCAGUAUGAAUACUAUGCCAAUCUUCUUCAGGUGACACCCCCGUCCUCUCCCCUCUCUUUCUCCUCUCUGUGAACUGUUAAAACCUCCUCAGAACAUUCCUGCUCUCAGAACCGUUCAGAAGCUCCACAGCCGCUCGGUUAUCACUCUCCUUGUGUUUUUCCUUAAACCAAGGCGGACACUCGCUUUUUUUUUGUUGUCAGCAAAAGUCUGGUUUGUGUGAGACUUAACCUCUGCUAUCGAGCAACAGUUGUGCACUGACAUGAACGACGACACGCUCACUGUGUUGCUCGUCCUCUCUGGUUGUUUUUUUUUUUUUUUCUUUGCUUGUCUUGUCUCACUUUUGUGCUGCCUGAUGUGGGAGAUCUUGUGGUGUGCUUGUGCCAGGGUCGGGCUAAUGCCUGGAGCAGAAAUGUCUGGUGUAGAGAAUAAAAAAAUCCAAAUCUCAAAGGGGAUACAGUUGUCAUUUUGUCACUUUAGCUCAGUGGCAUGUCUGGCUUUACUCUCAUUCCUACCCCUUAUUUUCCAGUGCCCCCCUACCCCAAGUUACGGACAAUAGUGGUGAAAUCUGCCCCUUACAAAAUGGGACAACCCUCUAAGUUCCUGAUUCGCCAUCAGUAGUCAUUGACAGCAGUCACAUACGCAGCAGAGACAUUACUGAACAUUUCUGCAAUAAACAACUUUGACACAGCAGUAAAUUGAAAUAUUAGAUGGCUGUCGCACUUUUCAAAUCCUUUUAACAAGGAAACUGACAUUUUUACUCUUUUUAUGCUUGAGAGCCAUCUUGCCGAUGAUUUGCAAGGCAUUUGGGGAGAUUUCCUUUAACACUUAGCCUUAACCCUCAUUUCCACUAAUGUACGGUUACAGAGGCGAGCCAACCAGCAAUGCAGUGCAUAUGAUGCAUAACUCUUUUGCCUUAAAUGCACCACGAGUAUGUUUAAAAACCCUGAAAUUUGCUGUGGAUUUUGGAGAGAUCAUAUGACAGUUGUUAGCUAGGAAAAACAAGCCGCCGUUUAGCUAAAAGGCUACAGCCUUGACCGGUCAUUUGUUUAUCAGCUUGAUGUGAAAUGCAGUCAGAUUGUCUCAGCAGUUCAAAUAUAUUUAUACAUUUAAGUGGAGGUUAAAAAAGAAAAUUGUUUACAUGCAAACAAACAUUUAAAUGGCUAAUCAGGUUAGCUUAGCUUGCAUAGCUGUUCACUGUCUUCUAAUAAAAUAUCUGAUAACUAGUUCCUGGCUGGCCAACUUCUUAACUUUGUUUUUACAUGUAAUAUUAGCCUCUUUUUGUCUGGGUAAUCCUUUAAACUCAUUCCAAACUACAGCAUGGCUAGAAACGGACAAAAUCAUCCUCUCCCUAUAGCUACAGGUAGUUUCUAUCAGAUUUCAAUCCCUCUGUAAAGAAGUGCUCUUCCUUAGGUUGGCUUCCAAGAGGCAUUGUACAUUUAUUUAUGAAAAUACGGAAAUCAGGUGUGGAACUUUACACAUUCAGAUGAGGGGUAGGGUGUCCCAAUUAUUGUUAGAAUGGAGGUGUGGGGUGAACUGGUAGGUCUACAUGGUCUAUGGGAAAUCUCCCAGAAUGCCUUGUGAAUCUUUGGCAAGUGACUAAAAAAGUGUGCAAAUGUCAGGAAUUACAUCAAUGAGAUUUGAAAAUUGCGACAACCAUCUAAUGUAGUAACUUUAUAUUGCUUCAGCACAUUAUGGUGAUUGUGUAUCAAAUUGGCAUUUAAAAAAAAAAUUUAAAUGGUAUAUUUGAAUAUCAAGGUCUUGAAGGAUUGGCCCAUUUUGUAGGGGAAGACUUCACAACUUACACUUGUAACUCCAUUCCUAAGGAGAAGGAGUCCCUUUAAAACAAGGGAUAAAGGGGCAAAAAAUUGAAAUGGGACUGAGCUUAAGUGCAAACUAGUCAAGGAGUGUGUUGGGACUGAACUAUUUUCUCAUUAAUAGUCUAAAAUUGCUCACCAUUGGUCCAAACUGGCAUUUGUGCACCACUUAGACUCCCUAUUGUCCUUCAAGCCCCACUCAUUCCUACUACAGGUGUUCAGAACCAGUCUGUCCUUUGUGUUCCCACAGCAUCCAUUGUCGAGUACUAAGAGCUGCCAUGUUGGGAUAAGGUGCAGAAACUUUAAAAAAAGGCAUGUUAUUAAUACAAACUCACCACUCUUGUGUUGUUUUUCGGGGGGCGGUAAUGCUUUCUCUGGAGAAUUUGAGUUUAAAAAAAAUGACCAAGGUUCCACUUUCUCCCUUGUACAAAUUAAUAUAAAUAAAUAUAUAUAUAAAUAUAUAUUAUACAUUUUACUCAUUUUUGUCCAGUUUUGUAUAUUACACUCAUGUAAAGUUUGUUUUUAAAGAGGCAUCGGAGCAGCUAUUACAAGACAAUAUGAGUGACAAUGUUCAUCUGGGAGAAUUUUAUGCAUGUUAUAUUUUCUCUCUCUCUUUCUUUCUCUCUCUUUUUCUCUCUCUCUUUUAAUACCCCCCCAACCCCCCGUGUUCAGGUGUGUAACGUGAAUAUAAAGAAAUCUACCUUUUCUUUGGAAUGUUGUAGACAAUCAGUCUCAGGCCGGGUCCAGUCCCUGCAGGGAGUGAGAGCCCUGCAGGUUGAUAGACAAACUAAACUCUUCUUCUUUUUUGUUUGACAAUUAAAAAAAGAAAAACUUUAUUUGCAUCUACUGGAAGUCUAAAUUUUGGAGGUUUUUUGUUCAUUCAUAUGUUCGUGGCUGCUCAAGUUUACACACACACUUCUCUACUACACUCAAAACACAAACACCUCGUGCAUUUGAUCCCUCUGCUUUUGUUUUUUUUUUUUUUUUUCCAAGGUGAGGAUGCCAACCUUGAGGAAAUGAUGCUUUGACUAACAAAUCUAUAACAUCUAUGAAUGUGGGAAUGCAACACAUUGCAAUAAAAGCACCAUUUGA